AUGUACAUGGAAGCAAGCUAUUCACGUCUGGAGGACUUUGUACGUGAAUCCUCUGCGUUGCAGUCAAGGGAAUGCCCUCUUUGUCAACGCGAGAACCGUACUAGACACCUCAUUUUCAUGUCUGGUGUCAUCUUUUCCUUCGUUACUUUAUCAGCAUGGGUCGUGAUCCUGCAGAAGACGGAGAAUUACGUGACAAAAGUUCAAGAGCGAGAUCUAGAAUAUCUUUUACACACCGAGUUACCGUGUAUGACAGAGCCGGUUGUUAAAGAAUUUGGGCAAAGGAAUCGAGUGGAGUUCAUUGGAGCCUUUGAAGCUGCGUCCAUAUGGCGAGGGUACCCUAAUGAUGCCAGCGAUGCUGCAUGGAAAAGUGUAACCGAUGGCAUGUAUACCAUUCCAAAAGUUGUGCCGUCUCAGCCAAUCAAAUAUAGAGAGAAGAAAUCCCGGGGCAAGCUUCGUGACAGCUCAGUGUUCUUAAGUCACAACCAGCAGUCUGGCUACAUGAUGUCACUCGAGGCAUUCCACCAAGUACAUUGUUUGCGGUGGCAGGAUCUUUUGCCUAAAGAACCCCAACUGUUCAAAAAGUCAAACAUUCGCACCCAUACCGUUACAAGCGCACAUAAAUGCACCGCAUAUCCGGAUCACCAUGAAAGUCCCUGGGAACUGCCUCAUAUGUCCCAAGUUAGUGGAAAACCUUUAACGCUGCGAAACCAUUUCCUUUAUCUUUAG